AUGGGAUUACUAAGAUUUUGGCCCAAAAUUAAUUCACCAAAGGAAAUCAUGUUUCUAAAUGAAAUUGAAGACAUUUUUGAAGUUAUGAUACCCUCAGAAUUUGUAAAAAUUCAAGUUCCAUUAUUCGUUCAAUUAUCAAAAUGUAUUCAAUCGUCACAUUUCGAAGUUGCUCAAAAAGUUUUAUGCUAUUGGAAUAAUUUCUAUUUUAUAAAAUUAGUUGAUCAAAAUGCUGAAUCAAUUUUACCCAUAAUUUUUCCUUCAUUAUACGAAAUUGCGUCUAUAGAACGUCCGAACAUCGAUCGAGUUCUAAAUUCGCUUAAUGAAAUGUUUAAUGGAUUCAGUGUGCUUGAUGAAAAUUACGACCCCAAUAUGUCAUAUUUAGGAUAUGAUCCAGGUUCUGAUCCAAACUCUGACCCAAAUUCUGACUCAAAUUCUAGCCCAAAUAGCUGGAAAAAGACUAUUCCAAAUUUUGCAAUGAACGCAUUAAGAAUGUUUGUAAGUAAGCAUGGUGCACUUUACAAGCAAUGCCAUUCAUUAUAUCAUGAAACAGUAAAGGAAAACAAGAAAAGAGAUGGAAUUCGACAAGAAAAUUGGAAAAAACUAGAGGAAUAUGUCAAAUUAUUGGAGAAAAAUAAUAAAAACAAUAAGAUUAUUGAGCAUUCUAAUAAUUUUAAAUCUAAUGGAUCGAAUAAUACCAAAUCUAACGGGUCGGCUAAUCCAAAAUUUCAAAUUAACAGUCAACCAAUUUAUGAAGCAAUGGAAGUAGAUACAGAAGAAAAUACAAAUAAAGAUGCAACAAAGAACAACCCAACUCCCAGCCUUAAUCCUGAUUUAGCAACUUCACCAGAACCAGCUAUAACUCCACAUAUAGCUCCAGCUCCAGCUCCAGUUCCAACUACAGCUAGUUCCUAG